AUGCCGUUGGCUUCGGCGCCGACAUCCACUAUCCUGGACCAAGGCAAACAGUACCUGCAAUUUGGCCAUGCGCUGUCCUGUUGUGUGUGUGUGUGUGUGUGUGCUGUCCUGCUGCGCUGUCCCAACCCUUCACCUCCGCCAAUUGCCGGAUUCCAGCAUGAACCACGACAAUACCUCCGACUAGUGGCCUAA